AUGUAUCUGCAACCAGACAUAGAUUCUGCCUCUCCACAAGCCUCUCAUGGACAGUCAAAUCUGUCCCUGUCUUCAUCCAUUGACUCCAGUGACACACAGGAUACAGUCAUUAUUGAACAAAGCUCCUCCAGGAAACGAAUGAGGCUAGACGAUGAAGCUAAAAAGUUGGUGGAAACCAUCCUUGUUCAGAAACCUGGUGUGGAGCGUAUAAUAAACGAAUACAACCGAACUAAGUCUUUGGGGGACGAAACAAGGCGGAAAAUGGUCAUCUUGGCAGCUGACAUGACGGAAAAGAAUGGAACAUCACCACCAAGGCAGGUCAAAGAAAAAUAUGCCAGAGGAAUUGUGACUUUGUUCCCUUACCUCAGUGACCCCUUUUCCAAAAAUGGCUAUGAACAUUAUUAUGAUGGUGAAAGCGGUACUGGGUACUUAGCAUGGAGAAUCAAAACUAUACAAAGAGGCUUAGCUAAAGAACGACGUGCAUCAUUUGAAGGACAAGGAACGUCUGCUGAAGCGGGGUCUGGUGGACCAACUGUAAAAAGGCAGUCAGAGUUUAAUCCAGAGACCAUCUUGAGUGAGGAUGAAUGCAAGGAAGCAGUUGCAUUCAUGAGCCAUCAAGAA